CAAAAAGUAUAGACAGAUUGCAACGCUGGGAAUGGGAAGACGGACAUGUCCAACAAUCCGCAUCACUUAACAAUACAAUAGAAGCAUCAACCAGGGAUGCGUCAUUUCCCCAACAAUAGAACAACAUGAUUGUCAUGCGCCAGACCUACCAACGACGGCCUCUAUUCGUGAUCCUCCUCUGUUCAUUUCUGAUAUGCACCCUGUGGGUAUUUACCGGACAAGAACGGCCAGCAUGGCGCCCUGUGGCAGACCCUGAGAGAUAUCACUCGCGGCGCGUCGCUAAAGCGACCAUGCUGUAUGGAAAGCCAAAUCCCCUCUACGAACGAGCGAUCGACUCCCAUGGCCGCCAUGCUAGACGCUGGGGAUAUCCCAUGCAUGUCCUGCGCCAGGAUAUAUCCGUCGGGUUCUGGAAUAAACCGAUUUAUCUGGCGUCGCUGAUGAUUCAGGAGAUGGCGAAACCGCCGGCUGAGCGGGUGGAAUGGUUGAUGUGGGUCGACGCCGACACAAUCCUCAUCAACGCCGCCGUCCCCCUCGAAGCCUUCCUCCCGCCCUACGACAUCAGCGAAGACGUACACCUCGUCGCAACACGCGACCACAACGGCCUCAACACAGGUAUCAUGUUCCUGCACGUCCACCCCUGGACCAUCAAAUUUCUCAUCGAGGCGCUCGGCCACCCGCUCUACAAACCCGACGUCGACCUCGACCACUCCGUCGACCUCGACCACUCCAUCGACCAAGAAGCCAUGGCGCGCGUGCUGAGUAAUUCCAACGGCGGGUUCAACGGCACGAGCUACGCCGAGGGCGCUAUGUUCCUGCCCCGGACCUGGAUCAACGCCUACGAGUGGCGGCACGCCUACGAGGGCACGCGCGGGAACAUUCUCGUGCACUUCCCUGGCUUGGGGGACCAGCGCUGGGUUCACAUGUCGAACUGGUUGGAUGUUGUUGAGCUCUCGCCGCAUAGCUGGGAGAUGCCGUUUGAGGAGACGGAGUACUAUAAUGGGACGGUGGCGUUUUGGGACCGCAUCCGCGAGGCGAAAGAGACGAUCAGGAUUGCUGAGCACAGGUUUAAUCGGCUGUCGACGGUCAAGGGCAAGGCGCCGAUGGAGGCUGCUGUGCGUGAACUGAAGAAGGUGUUGCAGCAGGAGGCGGAUGAUACGGAGUUGUUGAUUCAGCGGUUGCAGGAUUUGAAAUCUGUUAUGGAUCUGAGUUGAUUUUAUUUCUCUGGUGUUGAUCUUUUGUGGGCGAAUGCCCUUACCUUCAUGUAUAAAUAGAAUACUGAGUUUUGUGUCUUGUCACGU